CUCAAGCUCUUCGCCAUGCUGAGCAACAUAUUGAUCCGGACGCAGCGUCAAGUGGCUAAGGCAGCCGCGACAGGAGCUCGUCGUUGGGGAAGCAGCGGGGCCAGCACCGGUAAAUCGCAGUUCACUUCGCCGAUGCCGCUCACCGUCCUGACGGAGGAGGAGGAAAUGUUCAAGGACUCAGUGGCCCGCUUCGCUGCGGAUGUGAUCCAACCACGCGUCCGCAGCAUGGACGAAGCGGGUGAAAUGACGCCUGAAGUCAUUCAAGGACUCUUUGAGAAUGGACUUCUGUCGGUGGAGAUCCCGAUGGAAUACGGUGGAGUGGGAGCGUCAUUCAUGAGCUUAAUCCUGACAAUCGAGGAGUUGUCUCGCGUUGAUGCGAGUGUUGGUCUGCUGUGCGAUCUGCAGAACACCGUGGUGAGUAACUUGUUCCUUCGUUAUGCCACCGAGGAGCAACGUCAGGAGUAUCUCCCGCGUCUGUCUACGAACACGGUUGGCAGCUUCUGUCUGACGGAGGCUGAGUCCGGCAGUGAUGCCUUCGCACUCAAGACGAAGGCCGACGUCUCUGCUGACGGGAGCCACUAUACGCUGAAUGGCGAGAAGAUGUGGAUCUCCAAUGUCGCCCAUGCCGAUGUGUUUCUGGUCAUGGCCACUGUGGAUCCGUCUUUGGGCUACAAGGGCAUCACUUGCUUCAUUGUCGAGCGGGGCACUCCUGGUCUGUCAUUUGGCCCCCCCGAGAAGAAACUCGGACUUAACGCGUCCUCCACUUGCUCUGUCAUCCUCGAGGAUGUCAAGAUCCCGAAGGAAAAGGUACUGGGCAAGGUUGGUCAGGGCUACGCUAUUGCCAUCGGCCAGUUGAAUGAAGGCCGUAUUGGCAUUGCAGCGCAACAACUGGGUAUUGCUGAGGGAGCCUACCGUCACGCGAUGCCCUACCUCUUCGAACGGAAGCAGUUUGGUCGUGCUAUCGGCGACUUCCAGGCCAUGCAACACCAGUAUGCCGAACUGGCGCUGGAGCUUGCGAGUGCACGACUGCUCGUCUACAACGCCGCUCGACUCAAGGACGCCGGCCACGAAUUCGUAAAAGCAUCCUGUAUGGCUAAGUUGCACGCGUCACGCGUCGCCGAGCGGACGUCCUCAAAGUGCAUCGAAUUGCUGGGCGGUGUGGGUUUCUCGAAGCAACUGAUGGCAGAGAAAUUCUACCGAGACUGCAAGGUCGGCACAAUCUACGGCGGCACGAGCAACGUGCAGCUCAGCACCAUAGCCCGGUUGGUCAAGCAGGAACUCGUCUAAAAACUUAUAAAGCUGGGGGGGCUUAUCCAAAAAAAGUACUGCGUGCUACGGUAGUACAUAAAUUAAAGAAUAGUGGUGUGUUUCUGCUUCCUCGUGGUAUUUUAAGCACACAAAAUUAGAAGUACAGUGUACUACAGUAGUGGUGAUUGACUACUACUGUAGUUCACUGAAUUCAACAAGCA